AUGGCCCAUUGUAUCACGAUCUUUCUUGCGUUGUUGGUCCUUCGUCUCUUAUAUGAAUAUUAUCGCGACCGUCGUCUCCCUCCUGGCCCAAAACGUCUACCCUUCAUCGGGAAUAUUCACCAGGUGCCACAAGUUCUGCCUUGGCGCACCUUCCAUCAAUGGAGCAAGAAAUAUGGUCCAAUCAUGAGCGCACAGUUCGGGCGACAGACCAUUAUAUUGAUCGCAGACACCACGAUUGCCCGAGACCUGCUUGAUAAGCGAGGCAGCCUGUACAGCAAUCGACCCAAACUGGUCAUGGCCGACGAUAACCUCGUGAAAGGUAUGCAUAUUUUGCUGCGGCAAUACGAUGACCGUUUCCGACUGCAUCAGCGCAUGGAGGCCCCCGUGCUUAGUCCGCGGGCGUCUUCCACCUAUUACCCAAUUCAGGAUUUGGAGAGCAAGCAGCUUUUGCACGAGCUGCUCUCGUCCAAUGACUUCUCUCUUCACCUGGAGCGAUAUAGCAUCAGUCUGCUUUACUCCUUGACAUAUGGAUUUCGUGUAAAGACAGGGAAUGAACAAGAUGUGGAAGAUGCGCGUCGCAUCCUGCAUAACUUCACAUAUGCGUCUCGUGUUGGAACCUGGGCUGUGGAUGCGAUCCCUAUGCUUAAUUCCUUGCCAAUGUUUUUGGCGCCGUGGAAGCGGAUUGGUGAAGAAUUGUUUCAGAUCGAGUCGAGCCUCCAUAUGCGGAACAUGAAUAAAGGUCUGAAGAGUCGCGCAUGGAACUGGUCUAAGGAAUUCUCUGUUUCGAAGCAAGGGCAGCUAAUGCCGCCAUUGGAGCUUGCGUACGAUCUUGGCAUCCUGACAGAGGCCGGCCUCGAGACGACCUCGACUGUCAUGAAGAUCUUCAUCCUUGCGACUCAGUCGUAUCCGCGCUUCAUCUCCGUAGCUCAACGUGAGAUCGAUCACGUAGUCGGUACUGACCGUCUCCCAACAUUAUCAGACAAGGAUAAUUUGCCAUACAUCUGUGCAGUGGUGGAAGAGACUCUCCGUUGGCGGUCCAUUGUGCCCGGGGGAGUGCCGCAUGCUGCUAGGCAGGAGGACACGUAUAUGGGCUACCGGAUUCCUAAGGACGCAACGAUAGUCCCCUUACAUUGGUCUAUGAGUCUUGAUGAACACCAAUUUGACAACCCGCUCGAGUUCCGCCCAGAGCGAUGGCUAGCAGGGUCCGAUAAUGACCGAUUCACCAACUUCUUCGGAUACGGGCGGCGGGUCUGCACUGGAAGGCAUAUUGCGCGGAACUCCCUGUUCGUGCUUGUGGCGCGCAUUCUUUGGGGAUUUGAUGUACAACCACCAAUUGGAGCGGAUGGUAAACCGAAAACUGUGGAUGAUAUGGAUUUCGGUUCGGCAUUCGUAUCCGCGCCGGCGCCGUUUGAAGCAGUAUUUGAGCUACGCAAUGAGGAUGCUCGCAGAAUUAUAGAGAAUGAAUGGGAAACCACCGAGAAGAAUCUUGACAUUAUCAUGGAUUCGAUUAAGGAGGAACAAAAGUCUAUCGGGCUUGAUCUGCGAGGUUGAA